ACCGUAUUUAGAUAUUCAGGAACCGAAGGUAAUUCUUGUGUCACAGAGGAGGAAAAGAGGGAAACCAAAGGCCCCCAAUCUAAAGCCUAAAAAACCCUAAUUUCUCUAUUUUUGAGUUCAGUUUCACUAUCCUUCUCUCUCCCUCGUUCUAUUUACAUUUAUAGAUAAAUAUUAUCUUUUCUAUGUUUUAGCGAGGAAGAAGAGAUCGGGUAAUGGCGACGGAGAAUUCGAGUUCGAAAUCGGGUGCAACGGCCGAUUCCUACAUAGGGAGCUUAAUAAGCUUGACUUCCAAGAGUGAGAUCAGAUACGAGGGUAUUCUCUAUAACAUCAACCCUGACGAGUCUAGUAUUGGAUUAAGAAACGUGCGAUCAUUUGGAACUGAAGGAAGGAAAAAGGAUGGUCCGCAAGUGCCCCUAAGUGACAAAGUCUAUGAAUACAUAUUGUUCCGUGGAACUGACAUUAAGGAUUUACAGGUUAAAUCUUCACCACCUGCACAGCCUACCCCUCCCAUAAACAAUGAUCCUGCAAUUAUCCAGUCUCACUAUCCUCAUCCAGUUUCCACAUCUACAAGUAUGCCUUCUGCUGCUAGUGGACCUUUGACUGAUCUUACUUCACACAAUACUCAAAUGGGACUACCAGGGUCAAAUUUUCAAGCUCCCCUACCUUUAUAUCAACCCGGAGGGAACAUAGGGUCAUGGGGGGCAGCACCUCCACCUCCAAGUGCUAAUGGUACUGGGCUUGCUAUGCCAAUGUAUUGGCAAGGAUACUAUGGCCCUCCGAAUGGGCUUCCACAUUUGCACCAGCAAUCUUUGCUUCGACCACCACCAGGACUGUCAAUGCCUCCUUCCAUGCAGCAACCAAUGCAAUAUCCUAAUUUUAAUGCCGCUUUGCCUACUGGCCCUGCCAAUUUACAUAGUUCAAGCUUGUCUGAAGUUACUCCUCCUUUGCUUCCUGCCAGUACAGGUUCCCUUAAUUUAACCUCUACUACUUUAUCAUCCUCUACUUUGCCAUCUGCGCUGCCUCCUGCACCCUCUGCUACACUAGCAUUAGAAACCUUGCCUAGUUCAUUGCCUAUAAAAGCUCCCAAUCCUGUACUUCCUCCAGCCACUCUAGGUGCUAGCUUGCCAGCACUUUCUCCUUUGACGACUUCUGGUCCAGAAUUAAAUUCCAUUGUACCACCAAUUGCCAACAAGCCAAAUGCAAUUCCUACUUUGCCAUAUCAAAGUGCUUCUCAGGCUGCAUCCUCUGUUAUCGGGGUAUCAAAUUCCAUUCGCAUGGAAACAUCUACACCAUCACUGGUAACCCCUGGUCAGCUCUUGCAGUCAGGAUCUACUGUUGUUCCUUUGCCUCAGCCUGCAGCAACUGCCCAUAAAGAUGUGGAAGUGGUUCAAGUAUCCUCCUCCUCAUCAACUGAACCAUCAGCACCUCUUGUCUCAGAAGCUCAGCCUCCAAUAUUGCCCUUACCUGUUCCUUCACAGGCUGCCCAAAAGCCUAAUGGAGCUUCUUUCCAACCUCGCUAUGGUUAUAGAGGACGUGAAAGAGGAAGAGGAACUGGGAGUUCACGUCCGGUGACAAAAUUUACUGAGGACUUUGAUUUCAUAGCAAUGAAUGAGAAAUUCAAGAAGGAUGAAGUAUGGGGUCAUCUUGGUAAGAGUAGUAAAUCUCAUUCUAAGGAUAAAGAAGGGGAUGCCACUGAUGAAGAUGGUUCUCAAGAUGAAGAUGAUGCUGAAAUAUCAAAGAUUCAAGCCAAGGCUGUUUACAAUAAGGAUGACUUUUUUGAUACUCUCUCCUGCAAUGCACUUGAUAAUGACUCACAAAAUGGAAGGCCCAGAUUCUCUGAGCAAAUGAAAAUAGACACAGAGACUUUUGGUGAUUUUUCAAGAUAUCGAGGUGGUCGAGGUGGACGAGGACCUGGACGCGGUGGUCGUUUUCGUGGUGGUUAUUAUGGGAGAGGGUAUGGAUAUGUGGGGAGGGGCCGUGGGAGAGCCAUGUCUAUGCGUGCUCCAUAGUGGCUCUUGAUGUUUCAAAAAGGUUACAGCUGCCGGCAGGCCAUGUCUAGUUGUUUUCUUUUGUUUGAAAUGUUACAGUGGGUACACAGUGAAGCCCGGCCUGCCCAGCAAUCAGACGAAUCUAGGGCUAUGCUCAAGAUUUGUCUCUUAAUUCUCCAGAAAUAAAAACUAGGGACUAGGGAAGUUGCUUUAUGUUAUUUCACCUUGUCCUAUUAUGUUUCUUGUUGUUGAUAGUUCUUUUAUGGAUCUAAUCUAAUGAAGAAGCAUUCAGUUUCAAUUAAAAGAUGUGCUUGUUUUGCCAUUUAGCAGAA